AUGUCGUCCGCGUCAAGGUGGACGUUCGCCCCGCCGUCUCACCAACCAACCAGCAGCUUGUCGGCACAAUGGAACAAUUCCAGCGACAUCACCAAGGCUGUUAUCUUGUCCGGAGCGACGGCGACCGUAACGCUGGCGGCGAUGAUCCUGUGUGAUGUGGCGUGGACGAAAUAUGACCGGCGCCGGCGGCGAAAGGCAAGCCUGAGCACGUUCGGCCGGGACAUGACGGCCACGGCCGGCAAGAGUGACCCGGUGGUCGGCCGUGACGACGAGAUCGACCGCGUCGUCCGCAUCCUGUGCCGCCGGACCAAGAACUGCGCCGCGCUCGUCGGUGCCCCAGGGGUCGGCAAGACGGCCAUCGCCGAGGGCCUUGCGCAGCGUGUCGCUGCUGGCAAAGUCCCCGCGCCGCUCCUUGGGGCGCGCGUCGUGGAACUGGACGUCGCGGGCAUGGUGUCCGGUACGGUCUGGCGUGGCAUGUUCGAGGAGCGCAUGAAGGACGUGAUACAGCAGAAGGAGGAUUCUGGCGGCAAGGUGAUUCUGUUCAUCGACGAGAUGCACAUGCUUAUUGAAGCUGGUGAUUGGCAGGAUCGCCAUGACACGGCUAACAUGCUGAAGCCGGCAUUGGCCCGUGGCCGCAUCGGGUGCGUCGGUGCCACCACGUUAGACGAGUACAGCAAGCACGUUGAGAAGGACCCGGCGCUUGAGCGGCGGUUCCAGAAGGUGCACGUCGAUGAGCAGGCGACGAUUGGCAUCCUCCGGGGUCUAAAGAAGGGUUUCGAAGAGCACCAUGAAAUCAAAAUUCAGGAUGCUGCAAUUGUUGCUGCGGCGCAGCUCGCUGGACGCUAUGUCACCGGCCGAAUAGUGCAUGAAUAUUUCAAGCCGGAGCUUCUCAAUAGAUUAAGCCAGAUUGUUAUAUUUGAUCCGGUUUCACACGAGCAACUAAUGGAGGUUGUGAAAAUGCAAAUGAAGAGUGCCACCACGAGAGUAGCAAAUAAGGGAAUAUCUUUAUCCGUGAGUGAUGCUGCAUUGGACGUCAUUUUGUCGCAGUCAUACAACCCAAUGUAUGGUGCAAGGCCCAUAAGAAGCUGGGUGCAGAAUAAUGUGAUGCCGGUGAUCUCCGAGAUACUGGUAAAAAAGAAAGCUAGCAAGGGCUCGAGAAUCCUCAUAGAUGCUGCAGACAACAAGAAGGGGCUGAAGUAUGAUGUGGUGAAGGAAGAGGUAGUGGAUGCACAUGGUUGA